AUGGCGCUUUCUACUACGCCAGACUUCGACGCGCCUGGCGCAAAGGCACUAAGCCCCGCCUCCUUGGCCCAUGUUGUGCUCCGCACGGCGAACCUGGGCCAGAUGGUCGACUUUUACGUUAAGUUCCUAGGUGGCAGCAUCACGUACGGCAACGACAUGAUAUCGUUCAUCACGUAUGACGAGGAACACCACCGGGUCGCGCUCAUUGGGAUCCCAGAUACGAUGCCGAAGAAUUCGAGCUCCUGCGGCUUGGAGCACAUUGCAUUCACCUUUGUUACGUUGGCUGAUCUCUUAUUGGCGUACCGUCAGCGCAAAGCCCGCGGCAUCGUACCCGUUUGGUGCGUGAACCAUGGCCCCACCACAAGUAUCUACUACAAGGACCCGGAUGGCAACAUGCUGGAGACCCAGGUCGACAACUUUGAUACGGUAGACGACGCCACUGCGUUCAUGAUAAGUGAAAAAUUCGCAGAGAACCCUAUUGGCACGGACUUCAACGCGGAGGAAAUGAUCGCGGCGAUCAAGAAUGGCGAGGACGAGAGCGACCUGAAGAAACGUCGGGAGAUAGGGCCGCGGGGCAUGCCAGACCUGGCAAGCAUGUAA